AUGCCGUUCAUGCACGGAUCGAUGCCGCUUCGGCGGACAUUCUUCUACUUGCAGCAGGGAAAAGUGAAGUUCCGUGACAACGUGCACGUCUUCGCGUUGGGAUUCCACAAGAAUCCAACUCCGGAGCAGACGGGAGCUCGCGACUUUGUCUACUGGCACUGGGCUCAACUACAGUACCACAACCCAAAAGUGCAGCUGGUGAAGCACGCCGACAAAGUGAUCACUCCGUUCGCCCGAGCCUACUUGAGUCAGUCCAUCCCUAUGCAUCGCAAAAACCUCCCAGUUUUCAGAUGACGGUCGAGAAGUGCUCUUCGAUUUGGAAGGUCUGAAGCGUGAAGAGAUCGAGCAGGCAUUUGCGAAGACGCUUGGAAAGACGGAGCUCGUGGAGAGAAGAGAACACCUCGAGAGUAUUGCAAAACUCAAUCCUGCUGAUUUCGGAAGCAAGAAUGAAAGACAGGUUUGACUCGAAACCGCGCAGGAGUGCUUGAAUUCGAAAUUUCAGUGCAUGUGUGAAGUUCAGGGUCAACACCCGUGCACGGGUCUUCUAAGAGCUCCGAAGUGUGUUACCGGCAAGUGGCGAUGGAAUCACAAACUCAUUUAG